AUGACGCUCCGAAGACCAGCUGCUCACCUGCCGAUGGGCUGGAGGAGAUCUGGAGACGAGUACCACUGGGAAACCCAAAGCUCUAAGGGUGAGAGCUUUUCAUCCGUCAACCGCAAAACCCCCCGGCCUCACAGUGCCAUCGAGGGUAGACAGGUGGACGGUUGGCUGCGGCAACUCCAUAGGAUGCAGGGCGACAGUAAUCGGGCUCCGGUGUUCUGCGAUAAGGAACCAAGCGAUCAGAACCGGAGACCGUACAGGACUCCGUCCUUCAGCGGUGUCUCAUCUUCCUGUGGCAGUAUGACAGGGAGUUCAACAGGCAGCCGGGAGUCCCUGCAAAGUGAGUUCCUUGCCCCGGUGCAACGCAGGGGAAGUCUGGAAAGGGUUCAUAUCUCACAGACCCCAAAGAAGGAGCAGUCUCAACUCAGUUACGUUGUACCUGUUAAAACCGGGUGGCUUCCGAUUCAAAGAAUCAUGAAGGUGGAGGAUUCAAAGGACCAAAGACGAAUUGUUUCACCAAUUUCUGCUGCCCAGGUGACGGACAAUGAGCCGCAAAAACCUGGAAUCUGGCAAGCGCUGAGAAGAGGCUGGAACAGUAACAGGGUCUCAGGGACUCGGUCCAGUCAACCCUCUACAGUGAUCUCGUCGGACCCCCAUUGGGACGUCCCUGUGAACAGAACAACUACAAAAGAGCCUCCACACAGUCUGCUAAGAACUUCUACUGAGUAUGGCAGACCUGAGUCUGUGCAGCGAGCGUUCUGUCUGUCUCCUGACCACCAUAGAGAGGCAAUCCGGUUAGAGGAACCCUCAUUUCGUAGUCCACCGGCAACUUCCCCAGAACACAAGGUGCUCGAUCCCUUCCAGAGGGCGAGCCCCGGACUGCCAGUGACACCUCCCUUCCAGCCGUACAGACGCCACAGUUUAGAACCGUCGCACAUCCAGACCACGUCCACCGCAACUACUCUCGUCCCUCGCAACAAAGUAGGCUUCUCUUCCAUCACCAUCUCCAGCCGGAAAGUCAGCCGUUCGGCAAGUCUUAACACAUCAGAUAGACCUUCUGGCUACACUUCCAACUCGCUGAACGCUGAGGCCAUGGAGCCGAGGAAGGCCACUAUCGUCAAAGUGACUGAGCAGAGGACCACAGUCUGGCCUACGCCUGUAGUCCUCCAAAGAAAGCCCGCAAUUAUCAAAGUGACUGAGCAUAAGGAAAGCUACAGUCCGGGGACUCGGUAUAUGGUGGAUGGCAAGGAAAACGGGACAUGGAAGCAACCGGAAAAAACGAGUUUUGUCAGGGCUGGGACUGAGCCAGUACAAAAUGGUGAGCCUGCUCCUGCUGAGCUCUCUGGACAAGAAUCCAAAAGACCUGCUGUCAGGAAAUUGAGCUUGGGCUUCCAGGAGACCCUCCAACAUCCCACAAAGAAAAAGCACCAGGAGUCUUUUCCCACCAGAUGGAGUUCCACUCCAUGCCUCACCCUCAUCCAAACUCCGGACCCUCACCAGUCUCCAGAGGAAGUCCUGGCCCUUAACGCAGCAGCCAUCAUCGCAAAUAUCAAACUCCAAAGGCAGCUCAGUAAGAAGAAACCAACGCACUGUAAUUCGGCAGGGGAAUCCUCCACCUCCCCUCAGGGAAAUACAGCGGCAACAAAUGGGGGAAAACUGCAAAAUGGUGAUCUAUGCCGGGAUGAGCCUGGUGCAGAACCUGCCUCAUCUACUGUGGACUUCCUCAGAGCUCGUCACACGGUCUCUCUCCAGGAAGCGCUUCGGAAGUCCCGACCACGCUUCAUCGCUCGCUCCCAGGAGCGCGUGCAGAAGAUGGAAAGGAGGGCCCAGGAGAGGAGGGAGCGCUCCAGAGAAGGCCCGCAAAGCAAAAGAGCAUCUCAACAACAGGCCCGCUCCGUCAAUCAUAAUUUGUCCAAAUCCAGAGAGGGAGCCAAGGAGCUCAAAUCAAAUCGGCCGCAAACAGAAGCGAAGAGGCGAAAGGAUGAAGAGAAGAAGAAGAAGGAGGCCUGUUUGAGCAAUAGACAGCGAGUGGAGCUCUUCAAAAAGGUGGGUCCCACGCUUUUCUAUAUGGUGGGACUCCUGGGACAGGGCCUCCUCUUCAUCUUGGCUGUUGGUUCCGGGGGUUGGGGGAUUGGAGCUCCAGUCCUGCCUCGCCACAUGGCGGCCUCUCAGCCAGUGAGUUGGGGCAUUCAAGAAAGACCCACUGCCAGGCAGAAACAUUACGGGACUACAGUACCGCUUCAACUGGUUGGACAAGACUGGAAACCAAUACACCAGCUCCAAUCGCAGAGUCACCCGAUGUCGCUCAAGUUGUUGAUUGAGGCGGAAGGUGAACAGCUGCUUUUGACACUGCGGAAAAACGAGGCUCUGUUUGCAAGCAACUAUAAAGAAACUCAUUAUCUGCAAGAUGGCACUGCGGUUAUAAGGACACACAACUCCAUGGCUCACUGCUACUACCACGGUGAGGUGGAACAUCACCCUGACUCUGAUGUUAGCAUCAGUACAUGCAACUCUAUGCUCAAGGGUUUAAUUUCGUUGGACGGCCGCGCUUACGUGGUGGAACCUGCGGGUCGCGGGACCAACGGUACUCACUGGAUCUACGAGACGCGACACCUUCGUUUGGCUAGCGGCAACUGCGGACAUCGUUUUAACACGACGGAGGACGUCACACCGCCAUACCGAAAUCCGUUCCAAUCCUUCAGAACCAGGCACAAGCGUCACAUUCAAACGACCACCAAAUACGUGGAACUGAUCAUCGUGGCUGACAACCGGGAGUUUCAGAAGCAAGGCAAGGACGUGGAGAAAGUCAAGCAGCGUCUGGCCGAGAUUGCCAAUUACGUUGACAAGUUCUACAGAGCUUUAAAUAUCCGUGUGGCUCUAGUGGGCCUAGAAGUGUGGAGCGACGUGGACAAGUGUCCCGUCACGCAGGACCCUUUCACCACCCUUCACGAGUUUUUGGACUGGAGGAAGGUUAAGCUGCUGCCUCGGAAGCCGCAUGACAACGCACAGCUUAUCAGCGGCGUGUACUUCCAAGGUACCACCAUUGGCAUGGCGCCCAUCAUGAGCAUGUGCACAGCGGAGCAGUCUGGAGGAAUCGUCAUGGAUCAUUCAGACAACCCGCUAGGCGCCGCCGUCACGCUAGCUCACGAGCUGGGUCACAAUUUCGGAAUGAACCACGACACGCCGGAACGUGGGUGCGGCUGCCGGGUGACGGCGGAACGCGGCGGCUGCAUCAUGACUCCUUCCACCGGGUAUCCCUUCCCUACCGUGUUCAGCAGCUGUAGCAAGAAGGACUUGUUAGCUAGCUUGGAUAAGGGGGUGGGCAUGUGUCUGUUCAACAUGCCUGAAGUCAAGGUUCUCUACGGCGGGCAGAAGUGCGGCAACGGCUACGUGGAAGAAGGAGAAGAGUGUGACUGCGGGGAACCCGAGGAAUGCCUGAAUCCCUGCUGCAACGCUACCACCUGCACCCUAAAGGGCGAUGCCGUUUGCGCACACGGUCAAUGCUGCCACGACUGCCAGCUGAAGCCUGCAGGAACUCCCUGCCGUGAAUCGGGCAACUCGUGCGACCUGCCCGAGUUUUGCACGGGUGGCGGCCCUCACUGCCCGGCCAACGUCUACUUGCACGACGGACAUGCCUGCAGCGGCGUGGACGGUUAUUGCUACAACGGCGUGUGUCAGACGCACGAGCAACAGUGCGUGACACUCUGGGGGCAAGGUGCCAAGGCAGCGCCCGGCAUUUGUUUCGAGAGGGUCAACUCGGCAGGCGAUCCUUACGGGAACUGCGGCAAAGACGCCAAAGGAUCCUUCGCCAAAUGUGAAGCGAGGGACGCCCAGUGCGGCAAAAUCCAAUGCCAAGGUGGCGCCAACCGCCCCGUCAUCGGCACCAACGCCGUCUCCAUAGAAACCAACAUUCCCUUGCAGGAAGGUGGCAGGAUUCUGUGCCGCGGCACGCACGUCUACCUGGGCGAUGACAUGCCUGACCCCGGUCUGGUGCUGACGGGUACCAAGUGCAGUGACGGAAUGAUGUGCCUGAACCGCCGGUGCCAGAACGUCAGUGUUUUCGGCGUGCACGAGUGCGCCGCCAAGUGCAACGGGCGAGGGGUGUGCAACAACAAUAAAAACUGUCACUGCGAGGCUCACCGCGCACCUCCUUUCUGCGACAUGUCCGGUAUGGGGGGCAGCGUGGACAGCGGUCCUGUCCGACUGGCAGACGGCAUCCGAGUGACUGUAGGUGUCCUGGCGUUGCUGCUUAUCGCGGUGGGCUUCGCCGUGGUAGUGUACUUUAAGCGAAAAAAUCUCCGAGGGGCGCUCUUCAGUGCCAAAAAGGAUCCUACUGACAAGCUAAGGUCCGUAAGUGCCUCAACGGCCCUGGCGACCACUCCCAAGCGGCAUCAACCUGCGACCGUGACGUCCCCUUCUCGGCCCGCGCCGCCGCUACCCCACAGCGCCACCAUUUUUAAGCCGCCUGGAGGCCGGCCGCAGGCGCAGUUGCCACCGCCGUACCCGUCGCACCUGCGGCGAUUGCCCCAGUGCCAGCCGCUCUCGGUCAGCGUGUCCAUCGCCACGGCGCCGCCGCCAGCGCCGCCUCCUCAUCUUCAUGCUCAUCCUCACGUCCACAUGGCGGUGGCAAGGACAGCCGCGGCCAUCCGCGGGGCUCCAUGUCUGAACGCUUGUAGGGUGGAAACCGAGCGGCCCGGCCCCCCUCAGAAGCCUCUGCCCGCGGACCCCCGGGUCUCUCACACCGCACCAAGACCUGUGCGCCCCCACCCGGGUGCCAAAAGCAUAGCCAAGCAGCCCCCCACGCUACCCAAGCCCCGCGUCGUCGCCAACGUCAAGUACAGCAGAUGA